UCAAGGAACAGCAUCUACCAUGAGGGCAUUCAUGAUCCUGGCCCUUGCCGCGACAGCGAUGGCGCGGCCAGAAGCCGGAUACUCCUAUAGCCAGCCAAGCAGUAGCUUCAGCGCUCCUUCCGGUCCAUAUUCGGUCACCGGUGAUGUUGGUGGUAUCGAUGGUUUCGGCGGCGGUGGUUUCAACGGUGGUGCAGGUCUCGGUGGUGGCGUCGGAGGUGCCGAAGGUAUCUCCGGCAUUCCCUCGGGAGUUUUGUUCGGCGGCCGGCCAAGCAGUAGCUACGGCGCUCCUUCCGGUGGAUAUUCGCUCGCCGGUGGUGUUGGUGGUAUUAGUGGUAUCGGUGGCACCGGACCAAGUGGACCCAGCACGACUUUCGGAGGUGGUAGCGGUGGUUUCGGCGGAGCUGGAUCUGCUGCCGUUGCCGGCGGUGCCGGCGGUAGAGAGGGUGUCAGCAAAGCUAAUGCGGCAGCAGCAGCUAGAUUCGCCUCUGCCGUUCAGGUUGUUAGAGACGUCUAUGUUUACGGACCAUCUAAAGAUCUUGAGGCUCCCGAAGCAGUCAGUCCCGCCGCGGGAUAUCCGUCACGUCCAUCACAGAAGCAUUAUAAGAUCGUCUUCAUCAAGGCACCUACCCCACCAACACCGACCGCUCCAGUGAUCCCGGUGCAGCAGCAGGAUGAGCAGAAGACACUCAUCUAUGUUUUGGUCAAGAAACCCGAGGAGGCACCCGAGAUCAAUCUGCCUACAAUAACGCCCACUCAGCCCAGCAAACCAGAAGUGUACUUUAUCAAAUACAAGACUCAGAAGGAAGUCACUGGUAGCACCGGACCCAGCACGAGUUACGGGGUACCCGGUAAAUCUGGGCCAUACUAGUCAAUUCACCGCUACCCUCGUCGCGGCCAUUACGUCCUACCCUCCAGUUCACCAACACACACGUAUACAUCGCUCACAUACCUUUAACAAGAUGAACGACAAUAAUAUUUACCGUAUUGACGUAUUGCUGUUAUAUGCGCGAUCGCCGAGAGAAGAAGUUGACAACGAUGAUAAAAUUGAAGACGGCGAUGAUGAUAACGAUGUUGAAUUAUACGACGACGACGACG